AUGCAAGAUCUCUCCCCGUGGGGUCAAGAUGAUCACAAGAACCACACGGGGGACCUAGUGAAUGACCUGCAGAGAGCUGGGACCAAGGCAGUGCGGGAGGAGAAUGUGGCCACGUUCCGCGGCUCUGAGUACUUCUGCUACGACCUGUCCCAGAACCCUAUCCAGUCCUCCAGCGACGAGAUCACGCUCUCCUUCAAGACGUGGCAGCGCAAUGGCCUGAUCCUCCACACGGGGAAGUCUGCUGACUACGUCAACCUGGCCCUGAAGGAUGGAGCCGUGUCCCUGGUCAUCAACCUGGGCUCCGGGGCCUUCGAGGCCAUCGUGGAGCCUGUCAACGGGAAGUUCAAUGACAAUGCCUGGCACGACGUCAAGGUUACGCGCAACCUCAGACAGGUGACGUUAUCGGUUGACGGUAUCCUGACGACCACGGGCUACACCCAGGAGGACUACACCAUGCUGGGAUCCGAUGACUUCUUCUACGUGGGUGGAAGCCCCAGCACCGCUGACCUGCCUGGGUCUCCUGUCAGCAACAACUUCAUGGGCUGCCUCAAAGAG